AUAGACAUCUUUUGUGUUGACUGUUCAAACCAUGUCUUUUCAAAAGCACUUGUAUGCCCUGCUUGUAAUGCUAGUCUUGGUCAAAAUGACGACAUUAUUUUGACUGACAUGAAUCCUUCAGAAGAUUAUAAAUCGUCUGUAUUAGCAGGUCUUAAGCCUGAAGUUAUUUUGGAUAUCUGCUCAAGAGCUAUUGCAUUCUAUGAAUAUCAGACAUCGCAAGAGCUUCUUUACAAGUCUAUGAUGCAAAAGAAUGUUGAAGACAAGUAUCAUGCAUUAAAGGACAAGUUUCAGAUGAUUACAAGAGAC